CCCGCUGCUGCUGUAGCCUCAUCUCCCCUGGCUGCUCCGCUCCAGCUGCUGCCGCCGCUGCCUGGCUGCCGGUGCCUCUGUUUGCUUUUCCGUACAGUAUAAUAUUCAAUGUAACACCAUGACAGGCAUUGCCGCUGCCUCCUUCUUCUCCAACACCUGCAGGUUCGGGGGCUGCGGACUUCAUUUCCCCACUUUGGCCGAGCUCAUCGAGCACAUCGAGGACAACCAUAUCGAUACAGAUCCCAGAGUUUUAGAGAAACAAGAACUGCAGCAGCCCACAUAUGUUGCCCUUAGUUACAUCAACAGAUUUAUGACUGAUGCUGCGCGUCGGGAACAAGAAUCCCUGAAGAAGAAGAUGCAGCCAAAGCUCUCCCUAACGCUGUCGAGCAGCGUAUCGCGUGGAAGUGUCUCUGCACCUCCUCGCCAUAGCAGCGGCAGCCUUACUCCACCUGUCACACCCCCCAUCACCCCGUCCUCGUCCUUCCGAAGCAGUACUCCUACAGGUAGCGAGUAUGAUGAGGAAGAAGUGGACUAUGAAGAAUCGGAUAGCGAUGAGUCCUGGACCACAGAAAGUGCCAUUAGCUCGGAGUCUAUCCUGAGCUCCAUGUGUAUGAAUGGAGGAGAUGAAAAGCCUUUUGCCUGCCCUGUCCCUGGAUGUAAGAAGAGAUACAAGAAUGUGAAUGGUAUCAAGUACCAUGCUAAGAAUGGUCACAGGACACAGAUCCGUGUGCGCAAGCCGUUUAAGUGCCGCUGUGGAAAGAGCUACAAAACUGCUCAGGGGCUCCGGCACCACACCAUCAACUUCCACCCUCCGCUGUCUGCCGAGAUUAUCAGGAAGAUGCAGCAAUAAUGACGCUGGUCCCAACUGUGCCAACAACCUUCACCAGCAGUUGAUUUUUUUUCAGAGCAGCCACCAUUUUUUUUUUAUUUUUUUUUUUUGGAGGGUGUUUUUCAGCCCUUUUUAAAAAAAAAAAAAAAAACCCACACACUACAGAGUGAAUGCAUGCUUUAAUUGUUUUCAUGUAUUUUGGAAUGAUGUAUCUUUGUAGAGUUCGUGUUUUUGUACAUUUGCACAUUCAGCUGUCAUACCUAUUUUUCAUUACUUUUGACAUAAGGUGCUAAUUAUAUAUAUAUCUAUAUAUAUAUAUAUAUAUAUAUAUAUAUAUAUAUAUAUAUAUAUAUAUAUAUAUAUAUAUAUAUAUAUCUAUAUAUAUAUAAAAUAACUGGGACAGUUUUAACUGCAGCUCAGUAGCCCAACACAUGCUCUGCAGACAGACUAGUAUUUUUGCAGAGCAGAAGUCACGUUGGUUUGAAUAAGGGUUGGUCAAGUUUAAUUAAUUGAAUAAUGCUGGGAGAAGAUGCAGUAAAGGCCUUUUCACAGCAGAACAGAUGCGACAAGUGGAUCUGUAAUAUGACACAACGUACCAAGUUAAAAAAAAUAGAACAUGUAGUUUUAAUCCGAACCAUUCACACUGCCUGAGAUGCGACUCUGAGAAUCGUUUUGUGGCUUUUUUUAGCGAUUCUCGCGUGGCAGCGAGGGAACUGACCAAUGAGCAAUCAAAGGUCUAUCACAUCACGCGCCUGUUGCCACUGGUGUCAAAGGUUGUGUUGCAGCGGAAGUAUCACUUUAUCACAGGAUGGGUCGGGUGUGAAUAGGCCUUUACAGUUACAUUUAGGGUUAAUGUACAAUGUGAACACACUUUAAAUUCAGAUCCCAAUCUUCAUUCCAACACAGUAUCCGAGAGUGUUACAAGUAAACACUUUGUUAGAUAAAUACAAAAAAAUAAGAUAAAGAAUAAAAUACAAAAACCCAAUGUUUGUAAUAAAACAUUGAUAAUUUCCUGAUUUUAUAUUUAUAUAUAUAUAUAUAUAUAUAUAUAUAUAUAUAUAUAUAUAUAUAUCUUUCAUGUUUCAAGUUUUAUUUUAUGCUGUAUUAUACUUUUAAGAUUUCCUUGUGUAUGUUUUAAACUUUGAAAUAAGGCCACUUCAAUAUUAAUAUGGAUAUUUAUAUGAUAUUACUAAAAAAAAACUAUGAGGUAUUUCUGUUUCUAUCUAUGCUGCAAGCAGGUCUCAGGUCAGUAUCAGUCAGAGUCUGAGGACCACGAUCCUUUGCCCAAACCACCAGAUACAGUAUUUAGAAUCCACUGUUCAAUUUUUUCCCACUCACUUGACUUGAAAUGCUUUUAGUACCAACUUUUUUAUUUCUGCUACCACUUACAACGCUCUCUCGUGGAACUAUGGAACUAUUUCUUCAUCACAGCAGAUGAAGUGUUUAAGCACUUUGUAGUUAAACUAUUGCCAAUAGAGUUUUAAAGUGUUGUGUUGCCAAUACUUGUAACCGCUGUACUAGCAUGUGCCUGUGGUUGCAAAAAACGAAAACAAGCAUGUUUUUAAGGAGGCAAAGUACAUUGUGUCAAGGGAAAUCUUUUUGUUUGUUUGUUUGUUUAUUUUUAUAAGUCACUGAGCCUCCUAUUCAUGUUUAUUGUAUUUUUUUUUCUUUUUUAUAUUAUGAUCUUCUGAUUGCCUUGUAUUGUAGUUCACAGCAUUCCAAUGUCAUAUGUUUAUGUUGCUUUGUAAUGGCACUGUCCUGAAACAUGUUGCUGGAGCCUUACAGCUAGUAUUGUAUACAGUAACUUGCAGAGCAAGUAUUUUAGUUCAGUUGUGGCAGCCUCUGUACCCAUCUGAACCACGCCUUCAAAUGCCAGUGGCUUAAAGACAUCCCACGCUAAGCAUGUUACAUUCUGUUCUCGUGUCUUUUAAGUACAACUAUGAACUGAUUUCGAAUCUAUUAUUAGUCUUUUUGUACUUUUCUUCAGCUAAUGAUAUUUGAUUGUCUUUAGCAGCCAUCAUCAGUGGCAAGAUCUUUACGUGGCAGGCAGUUUUUAAGUUCGGUAGGAUGUUAAUAAACAUUUUGUUUCCAUUGACUUCAGCCCUAUUUGAUGAUUUCCAGCCUAAUCGAAAUACUUGUAGAGAUUCAAAAAGGAAAGUGAUGUAGACACUUCUGUCUCUGGAUUAUAUAAUGAAACAAGAGUGCUGAAUGGGUUUGCUAAACACAGUCAUACAAAUUUCAUCGCAGCAUGUAAAUGAAUAUUGUAAUGGAAUUCCAGUCUAUAUUUAGUUUAACAUUGUGACAGUAUUAUAAAACAGGUGAGGGGACUAUGUUGAUAUACUGUGUAUAGUGAAUGUAUUGUAAUGUGUCUGUGCUUUAAAUUAUAUUUUCAUAUGUUUUUGUGGAAAACAAUGUUCCUUUGUGUAUGAAGGCAACAGAGGUUUAUGUUUCAAAAUCCAAGGCAAUUACUGAAUCAAAACUUCUGUCAAAAGCUGCUUUAUAAAAUGUAAAUCUGGUUACAUUUAAAUAAAAUAUUUGCCUCCUGAGAAAA